AUGACUACCACAGAGGCUAACCUCCCAAUAAUCGGGGAUGCGCCAUCAGAUGAUACGGCUCAAGAAUCGAGGGUGUUAAUCAUUAUGACAGGCGGUACAAUUUGCAUGCAGCCAUCGCCAUCUGGGUUUAUUCCUGCCAGAGGCUUUCAAGAGAAAUGCAUGGCCCGUGUGCCGUCCUUCAAUGACGGCGCCCUGUCAACCCCCAUGGAUGUCAUCACCGACUCAACGGGGACUGUUCAGACUCAUCCAAGUCUGCGGACACCAAUCACAACCUAUGGCCGGCAGGUGCGGUACACAGUCUAUGAAUUCGAAGAGCUACUUGAUAGCAGCUCCAUCGAUGCCAAAGGUUGGUCGCAAAUUGCUGAGACCGUCUUCCAAAACUACACGCUCUUCGAUGGAUUCGUCAUUUUACACGGCACAGACAGCCUGGCAUAUACCUGCUCUGCAUUGAGCUUCAUGUUGCAGAAUCUUGGAAAGCCUGUUGUGCUCACAGGGUCACAGGCACCAAUGCUAGAACUGCAAAAUGACGCCACAGAUAACCUACUUGGAUCAUUGGUGGUGGCGGGCCACUUCAUGAUUCCCGAGGUGUGCUUGUAUUUCAAUAACAAGCUCUUCCGUGGUAACCGUUCUACCAAGGUGGCUGCAAGUGAUUUCGCUGCCUUUAACACACCCAACUGUCCUCCACUGGCUGUCACGACCUCCAUGCGUACUAAUGUGAACUGGGACAUGGUACAUCGACCGACAAGCCUAGCGCAUUUCCGGAUCCAAACCAAUCUUGACACCACUCAUGUCGCAUGUCUCCGUAUAUUCCCGGGUAUCAAACCGGAAAUGGUGGAUGCUGUAUUGAGACUUGAUGGGCUCCGCGGUCUCAUUUUGGAGACUUUUGGGGCCGGCAAUGCUCCAUCUGGACAGGACAAUGCUAUGAUCAACGUACUGGCUAGCGCUAUCUCAAGAGGAAUUGUAAUUGUCAAUAUUACCCAAUGUCUUACUGGAAGUGUCAGUCCUGUUUAUGCUACAGGCAUGAGUUUAUCUCGAGCAGGUGUCGUGGCUGGUCUUGACAUGACCACUGAGGCGGCUUUGACUAAGCUUGCCUAUUUGCUUGCUCUGCCGGAGUCGACGCCGGAGUCUGUGACCAAGAACAUGUCUGUUUCGCUACGCGGGGAACUCACCGAAUCUUCUCUGCCCAUUUUCCGUCACCCAGACGGCGCCUUACCUGAACGUGUGCAGACUCUCACCAUGUUAGCCUACGCUAUCGCCCAGGGUGAUCUUGACAAAGUGCAAACGAUCAUGAAAAUUGAACAUCACUGGCUACUUAAUGACGCCGAUUAUUCAGGCAACACCCCUAUUCACUUGGCCGCCACUUCUUCUACCAUCUCUAUCCUCCACUUUCUUCUCUCACAUGGAGGGUCGGUCCAUCUCCGCAACCGCAACGGCCGUACGCCAUUAUUCUUGGCAGCUAACGCUAAUCUCUCGGACCAUGUACUACUUCUCCGGAAAUCCGGGGCUCAUCUGCAUUCCGAUGAGCGCCCUGCCGCUGAAUUACUAGCCCGUCGCCGACCGGGUGUCUGGGGUCUUGCAGGUAUCGAUCCCCGAGAAAAUAGCCAGAGGGAGUUGAAUGAGGACUAUGGUGACAAUAGGCGAGGCCAGCUAUUUGCCGGCUCAGCGCCAUCAUAA